UUACAGUCGGUGCAGAAGAAUUAGGACGCCUGGCUCCAAAAACUGCAGCAGUCUCGAUCCCGUGAGAAUAUCGUUGACUACGUGAGCAUUACGUCAGAGCAAGUCGGGAUCAAGUCGAACAGAAAAUUAACCGGCCUUCAUUGUGCGCCGAUCGCCGGUGACCAGUUCUGUGCAGAUCUGGGUCAUCUCGAGCAGCCUUAAUGACUGGAGGUUUUGGCAGCAGACAAGCCAGUAAAAUCCGCAAGGUCACGCCAAUUCUCACGUGUCCAAAACAAAUAUGGACGCAACCGGUUUGCAUGAUUUAUAUCUAUUUUACACCUCAGUUUGUGCUGAAAAUAACACAAAGAGGGAGGAGGGCGCAGGGUUAGGAAGAGAUCCUGGAUGGAGAGACAACAACGAUGCGGACUGCACAGCUACAGAGGGAACUGAAACGCAUCAGCCCUGCUGUGUUCUCUGUUGCAAUGAGGAGCACCAGAAUGCAGCUGUGAGGGCUCAGCGGCAUGAACUCCAUUUCCCCCAGCGCAGCACAGUACACAGGGGGAGUGAUGCAGGAUGAGCUGGUGGACAGCCGGAGGCAGCAGCACAUGGAGCGGCAAAGCAGCUUUGCUCUCAGACCCCCUCAGACUCCAGAUGCCAGCAGAGAAGCGACCGGAGAGCCUGAUGAGGUGGACAAGCUGAAAGCCAAACUGAUGUCAGCAUGGAACAAUGUCAAAUAUGGCUGGACUGUGAAGUCUAAAACCUCCUUUAACAAGAUCUCACCAGUCACUGUCCUGGGACACUCCUAUCUGCUCAACAGUGAGGAUGAAGUGGAGCGGUUUCAUCUGGCUUUUGUGUCCAGGGUCUGGCUGACCUACAGGAAGGAGUUUCCUCAGUUGGAGGGCUCCACCUUGACCACAGACUGUGGCUGGGGCUGUAUGCUGCGCAGUGGCCAGAUGUUGCUGGCACAGGGACUCCUGGUUCAUUUGAUGCCUAGAGAUUGGACCUGGCCAGAUGCUCAGCAGUUAACCGAUGUGGACUUUGAGGUGUUCAGACCACGUUCCCCAGCUCGGGCCGUAGGGGUGCCCAUUCUUUCCUUUGGCUCUCCGCGAGGGUCCAACACCCCUGAGAGGUCCCUGCCAAGUGAUAAUGUGCCCAGACGCAGCCAGUGGACGAGACCUGAGUGUGCAAGGGACAGGCAAGCAGAGCCCAUCCACCACAGACUGGUCACCUGGUUCGGGGACCAGCCCCCAGCGCCUUUUGGGGUUCACCAGCUGGUGGAGAUUGGUAAAAGUUCAGGGAAGAAGGCUGGUGACUGGUAUGGACCCUCCAUAGUGGCCCACAUACUACGGAAAGCAGUAGCCACAGCUUCUGUAGUCCACAACCUGGCUGUGUAUGUGGCUCAGGACUGUACAGUGUACAAAGAGGAUGUGGUGCGUCUGUGUGAUCUGUCACUAAGUGAGACUCCUGCAGAACGGUCCAGCCAAGCCUGGAAGUCUGUUAUCAUACUGGUGCCUGUCCGGUUGGGAGGGGAAGCCCUCAACCCCUCCUACGUUGAAUGUGUCAAGAACAUCCUAAAGCUGGAGUGUUGUAUUGGAAUCAUCGGAGGAAAACCAAAGCAUUCAUUAUUCUUCAUCGGCUUCCAAGACGAGCAGCUGCUGUAUCUGGACCCUCACUACUGCCAACCUGUGGUGGAUGUCACACAAGACAACUUCUCACUGGAGUCCUUCCACUGUAGCUCUCCCAAAAAGAUGCCCUUUAGCCGCAUGGAUCCCAGCUGUACAAUUGGCUUUUAUGCCAAGAACAAGAAGGACUUUGAGUCUCUGUGUUCCACUGUUAGCGAGGCCCUAUCAUCCAAGGAGAAGUACCCUAUCUUUACCUUCGUAGAUGGCCAGGGUCAGGACUAUGGACUUGAGUGUCACAGCAGCAAUCACAGUGGAUCUGCAGCUCACAUCCUCCCUUCGGGAAAACUGGGCAGGAGUAACAACAGAAGAAACAGUGAUGAAUUUGUCUUCCUGUAAAACCCGGAGGAGGCUGCUCUAGUAGCCACCUGUAAUGGGGGCAGAACAGGACACUUAACUGUGGACAUGACACUUGUGCUGUUCUGCCCUCACCAGUAAACAAACUGUGUGGCUUUUGCCAUCACCAUGUGACGGUGGUUAUCAUAAGCUAGUAGGCAAUAAUAGGUGCUAGCUGGAGCGGUGAUUCACUUUAUUUGACACCUAAAAAGCCUCAAAAUCAGCCAUGCGUGAGUAAAAUCAAGCUCCACCUUCACUCAACCGCUCUGUGUUCUACUGGUCUGGACUGAAUUUACUGCGGGUGAUGUGUGAUCUACAUAAUAUUUAAUGAGCUGCUUGUCAGGUGAAGGGCUGUCUGGUGUUGUUGUUUUUGACUUGUAAUAUAUACCAACUGCUGUCUUUUUUUAUUGUUCAUGCUUUGACUAUAUUUGUCAGGUUAAUGAAUGCGUUUAAAUGUAUGUGGGGUUAGUGCAGUUUGUUUGUUUCAUCUUUAAUAAGUGUACUGAUGUAUUUGAGAGUCUGUCACAUUGCAGUUCAGAAGUUUCAAAUUCUCCCAAGAGCAUCAAUCCCACACAGGUCCAGCUUUGGCUGUCCGGUACUCAUUAAUGGUAAAAUGAGACACUCUCAGAUAUAUAAUGUAUAAAGAGUUACUCUAUCCCCCAGGUUGGGGUGUCAGUACUUGUUAAACUAGUUUGUCUCAUGAAUGGGGAAAGCGGAGUUAUCUGGACACGUCUGCAAAGUCAACCUCAGAACAGCACUUUUUUUUUUUAACCUUAGUCCAGAUUCUGGGUGAAUGUGUCCAAGUGAUACAGACAAGUCAUUAAGACCUGAAUGGAGAGUUUGUUUAGAUGGUCAAACUUUUGUUGUGAUGUAAUUUGUGGGGUUUUUUUAGCCCACUUUUUUAUGUCAAGGCUACUACUGCAAGUUGCACUAUUUGGUUUGUUGUCUUGAUUAAAUUUCAAACACUGGAAUCACAUUUCACUUGUAUCUGACACUUUGUAGAUUUGCAUUUUGAAAGAGUUGCACUGUUUUAUUGUUACUUGAAUGCAGAAGAAGCACUGACUGUUAUCAGACAAAAUGCAAAGUUCUUCUAUAAAACAAAAUUUCUGCAGAUGAGUGAGUGUCUUAAACAUAAGUUUGUUUCCCAGUUCAUUCCAGUAGUA